CUCCUCCACAAUCUGCCCCGCCUCCCUCUCUCUCCCUCUCUUCUCUCUCUCUCUCUGCCCCCGAGAGGCAGCAGACGCGCAGGACCCUCAUAACGCUUGUAUCGCACAGAGCGCUCGCAGCAGGCAUGGCUUGGACACUGCGCCUCGGACUCACCCUCACUAUCCUGGCAGCUUUACAAGGUGCUUUUGCUGCCGUGUUGGUGUCCGUACCGUCAACUCAGGAAGCUGAAGUGGGCAAGCCAUUCUCUAUCCCCUGCACCUUCACAACUAAUGGCCAAGCAGGCGAAGCUCUUGUUGAGUGGUUCAUUGUGGAUCGUAGCAAUGAAAGGAUUAGAAUUGCCUACAGGAAUGAGAAGCAGGCUGGCGUGGACAAGAACACUGAGAUGUCCGAGCGCAUCAGCGUCGAUAAAGACUCCUCCCUUGUCAUCAGCCCAGUUGAGCUGACAGAUGAGCGAACCUUCUAUUGUCAGGUCACAGCAGGCAUUGCUGGGAGCGGAGAAGGAAUAUCCAACCUCAGAGUUUUCAAUGCUCCAGAGGCGCCCGAAGUGACCCCCCAGACACAGAGCAUCUCGGUUACCGAAGACACUGUGUCCGAGGUUGGCACGUGCACCAGCAAAAACGGAUAUCCAGCUCCAAAAAUAAUUUGGUUUAAGGAUUCUAAUAUGCUAGAAGAAGUAACAGAAAGAAAUGAUGUGAUGUACAUGGCUUCUCGUGUGGUUAAAGAGGCAUCUGGCAUGUACUCAGUUUCCAGUAUCCUGUACCUAAAGAUCAACAAGAAGGAUAAAGAUUCCCAGUAUCACUGCCAGGUCCAGUACACCAUGCCGAAUGGGAAAUCAGAAAUUAAGAACUCUGAGAAAUUCAAGUUGACUGUUCACUAUUACACUGAGGUGGUGACUUUUGAUGUGGUGAGUCCGCUGCCGAUUAAAGAAGGUGAUGAUGUUACAAUGAGGUGUGUGUCAGAUGGCAACCCAACACCAGAAUUUGACUUUUUAAAAUUAGAGGGAGAGAACACUGUGGAGAAGGAAAGUAACUCUGGAAAUUUUACACUGAGAUCGGUGUCCCGGGCUGACAGUGGCACAUACGUUUGUGAGGCACUGGAUUUUGAUUCACCUGAAGAAGUGAAUCUGAAGAAACAAUUGGAGAUUUUUGUAAACUACCUUGAUCCAGUCACCAUCAAACCAGCUGGUCAUCAUUCAGUACAAUAUGGAAAAGAUUUAACACUCAACUGCAACACUAGCGGCUCAGUAGAGCCUAUGCUAAUGUGGAAAAAGGGUAAGCAGGUCGUUUCUCAUUCAGGCACUCUAGCCCUAAAGGAUGUUUCAUUUGCCUUAGCUGGGAAAUACAAAUGUGUUGCAAGUGUACAGUCCAUCCCAGGACUGAUGAAGGAAGCGAGUGUCAACGUCUCUGUCUAUGGUAAGCCAAUAGUGUUGUCAGGUGAUACAUCUGUGAGUGUAUCAAAAGAAGGCAGCAUGGUGAGCUUAUCUUGUUCAGCAGAAGGUCACCCAGCACCUCAGAUUUCCUGGAACCACACUGGAGAACAGUCUCUAAGAAUUGAUGGACACCGUGUAACCAGCCACAUGAAACUAGCAGCAACUAAAGAAGUUCUGAAGAAUGGUGUCACUUGUGAAGCAAGAAAUGAAUAUGGCGCAUCUAGCAGAACCUUCAUGGUAGUACCAGAUGAUGAAUCCACAAAGCCUAAAGACGAAGUGGGCCCAAUCUUCACAACAGCGGACCGUCAGGAGCAAGGAGGAAGCAGUACUGCUGUCAUUGCUGUGGUUGUCUGUGUCCUCCUAUUGCUGAUUCUCGUUGGAUUUUUAUACUUCCUACAGAAAAAAGGAAAAUUGCCUUGCGGCAGAAAGGAAAAGAAAGUCAUUUCAAACUCAGAGGCCAACACAGAUGAGAUUGUGGUAGAGAUGAAAGCAGGAAACCCCAAUGAACAAGCAGGACUUCUGAAUGCCAACAGAGGCCGCCGGCAAGUGGGAGAUGAGUGCUGAGUGAAAACAAAAAAAAUGUAUUGAGGGAAGCAAACCGGCUAUAUGGCAAGACACGGCACCACUGCAAGGGAAUACUGUGUGGAUCCCAGGAAGACAAGUCUAUUACAUCUUCUUCCAUUUGGUGCAAGGCUUCCCACAUAGAGAAAGAAAGAUCUCUCUGUUUGAUUUUUGUUUUUUGUUUUUUUUUUUUUUUUUAAUAACCAAAAUGGACAAUUGUGUAUUAUAACUACUGUAAAUACUGUCCCAAAAGACUGUGCUGAAAGAGAGGCCUUUCAGUGUUGUGCAUGUGUGCUCCCAGCCACCUUGGAAGCACCGUAACCCUGGCCCCGCUGCUUUCUUGCUCUGGAUAGACCAGCCUUGCCUCAUUCCACCAUUUAAGAGUAUUUUUUUUUCUUGUUCUUCAUAGUCUGGCUAAUGGAGUAAGUAGAGUAUCCUUAAUAGCCGUGUUAUUAAAUGACUGUACAUUGUUAGGAGUACUUUUUUCUUCUAAUAGCAUAGCCGAAUUUGCCCUUUUUUUACUGAGCAAUGUGUACCUUUGAUGUUUCUGUGCUGUGCGCGACACAUUUACUGAUCAGUUGGAUUGGUCCUGUGCCGCCUGCUACUUGGCGAUUCCAACAUGUAAACAGCUUUAUUAGAUGCAGUCUCUACAAAGACACACUCUGGCAGUAGCACAGUGCGCACGGAUCUUCUGAAACCUCCUGACCUCUGAAAUUUUUAACAUUGAAUUGGCAAAGACCUACAGAAGGGGUAGCCGUCUUCAUUUUUUUCAUCCAGUCCAUUAAUAGGAGGCCAGCAGAACGGUUCAACAUCAGUGAGUUAGCGGCACCACAAUCAGAGCUGCUGGUGACCAGUUGUAGUGAGGGGGCUCGGGUUGUAUCUGUCUGCCUUAUCGACUCUGUUUCUUUUUUUUCGGUUUAAUGUGUGUGUGUGUGUGUGUGUGUUUGGUUUUUAUAUUUUUAGAGAACUGGACAAGCUUGCAAAUUGUUUUUCUUUAAAUCACUUUUUAAAAGUUCUGGAUUGCAGGCUUGUUGUCUUGCCAUAUAAUUAAUGUGACUUGUUUAGACACAUGAUGGGGGUUCGGGUUGGUGGGUAAGACGUUCUGACACCCCAGGACAUCCCAGCAAGUUGUUUUUUUUUUUUUUUUGUUAUGCACUCUGAUAUCAGCUUGAGAAAAAUUAGAUAAGACUCUCGUCAGAAUGACUGUCACUUGACAUAUAGGGGGCCCGGCCCACCUGUGACUUCUGACACUAUGGUGUCGUAAGGAUGUUUUCACCAACAAAUGAAUCAGUGGAAGGGCCCCAAGAUGGUUUAUGUAAUGUUGUCUUUUAGAGAUCAUAAGGGAAACAUUCUGAAGGCUUUUGAGGAACUAAGUGCUUUGGGUUUGUCUUUUAGGUGGGAGUGCCUCAUACCACUGCAGAGCAGACUGAUCUAUGAGGAGGUCAUUAAGACAUGGCAAAUUUUCACUUUCGGAUUAAUCUGAAAAUAUUUUUUAUCUGGUGUUAGCCUGUGCAACGUUGGGAAUAAAAUGUAAAUAUCCUUUACAUGGCCUCCUGGAAGUUUAUUUUGGGCCCUUAAUAAAGCUGUUGCUUCAUUAAAAAGCCACAAGAGUCUUCUUGGAUUUCUGACUGUUGUGACACUUGGCAUGGUACUAUUGUAGCCAGCACUUUGCUUCAGGGCACUUAGUUUACUCAGUGGCUGACUUUUCAGCUUUAUUCUCCUUAUAUUGAUUUUACAGAUUGCUGAAUGGGGGUGUGGGGUGGCUGUUAUAGCUCGGUCCGCAGACAGGUGCUGACUGUUUGAACAAAGCUUCAGUUAUGUGAGUGGACACUGCACCAUGUGGCUACACAUCUCACCCAGCACACAGCAAAUGGGCCUCAUGCUGGCAAGGCAAUUUUUUUUAAACUACUGACAGGGUGGGGGUCUCCGCAGCUUCGCCCACCACCACCUCUGUGUUGUAUAUCUAGUACAGUUGUGUUGCUCUGUGUUGUGUUGUAUUUGUUUACAAUGUGUAGAGGAUGAAUAUAUUUAGCUUUGUGAUCAA